UCUCGUUUGUUUGUUUGUUUGUUAGGUAUUCGAUACUCAUCAUUGACUGUAUUUAAAGUAUAACCAAUAUACAGUAUGUGCAUCACUCAGACUUAAACAAAAUAUUAAUCUGAAGUAGCCUCAAUUAUAGAGACUGCAUCCUAGACAACAUCCUGUACUUCGCAUUUAGUUAUAACGUAUAACUUAACAACUAAAGCAUAUUUAAAUAUUUAUUAGAGUUGGAAAGUUUAACGAAGAAGUUGUUUAUAUUGACUGUUGUAAAACGUAAGUCUUAAAACUAAAUCACGUGAAAAUAAAAUGAAGCAAUACAAUAAAUAAGCUACAGCUGGAUUUUUGACACUCAAGUUACAAAUACUUAGUUAACUUAACUAUAGUUAACUACUUAACUAUGCGGUACGUUCUCCGUUUUUUUGUUGCCACCCUCGUGUUAACCAGUGCACGUGAUGAAGUGUUUGUCGGUGAAACGGAACAAGACGUUGUGAAAGUUAUACAGGCAACGUUAGAAUGCCGUCACGUUCCGGGUAUGACGGUCGGCAUCUUCAAAGAAAACGAUACAUGGACACGAGGGUUUGGGACGGCUGAUUUAAAGAGCGGCCGGCCUGUUGACGAAGAUACGUUGUUCAACAUUGGUUCUGUAACCAAGUCAUUUACCAUGGCUCUACUGGCGAUCAUGCUAAAGGAGAACAAAUUACAGUGGACGGCGAAGAUAUCCGAUAUUCUUGGCUCAGAGUAUGGGUUCAUUGACGACUAUAGGACACGGGAGACAACUCUUCGAGACCUUUUGUCACAUAGAACAGGCCUGGCCAGCCCCGACAUAGGGUUCAUGGCUGGGUUCCCAUCAUCUAUAUCGAGGGAAGACUUGUGCAAACGUAUUAGGUAUCUCCCAGAGCAAAUCCCUUUCAGGGACUCCUUCAUCUACAACAAUUACAUGUACAUGUUACUUGGCCAUGUGGCAGAAAAGUUAGGUGGAGACACGUGGGAAAAUCUUGUGUCGUCACGAAUUUUCAUUCCCCUUGGAAUGAAGUCAACUAAAAUACUGAAAAAGACAUCAGACGUUCUUUCAAGUGAUAUGGCUCAUCCGUACAUAUACAAGGACGACAUGUUUGAAAACUCAACUUUAGAUAUUUAUGAACUGCACCCGGCGGAACCAGCAGGAGCAAUACUGUCGUCUGCGGAGGACAUGGUGCGCUAUUUUCAAUUUGUCCUGAAUAAUGGGAAUACAACGACUGGGGACCAACUGACCGACCCAAAGCUCUUCAGUGAAGCUUUCUCAGCUGCCAUUCCAGUGAACAGAGAGAAGGUCACCGUGUCCAAACCCACAUUCCCCAUAUCUGACGUGCAAGUCGGAUAUGGAUCCGCAUGGUUCGAGAGUAGCUACGAUGGUUAUCGAGCGGUUUGGCACAGUGGAGCAUUGUGGUCUUACAUAACGCUGGUCUGGUUGUUCCCGGAGACAAAUAUAGGGAUAUUUAUUAGUACAAAUGGAGGCAUGUUCAAGGAUUACCAGUCCAAAUCGUUGACGACAACCAUGUACUUUCUGGCAGACAUAUUAUUGGACAAAGAACCAUGGCUGAACUCAUCAACUGCCUGCUCCUUCCCCUUACCUUGGAAAGAAGUUAAUGAGACAGAUCCGAGGUUGACGGAAAUUCCUGCUUUUUUACCGGACAUUUCCGAGUAUGCCGGGAUCUACGGAAAUGAGUUUCAACCUGAUUUCAUAUUAACUGUGAGUGGAAGUUCUCAAACGCAGCUUAACUUCGAAUCGGGAAUAAUCGGGGGAAAUCUCUAUUCAACCCAAGACAAAGAACGCUUCUUGAUGGAGAUAACAUACCCAUGGGAAUUUUACGUUCCGCUUACUGACCAUAACAACGUUACGACAAAAACAAACGUAACUUUUGUUCGCGAAGUUGGAACAGUGACAUCAAUGAUACUAAACUUUGGUACCAAUAUUACAUAUACAAAAGAUGUUUCCAUCUUAGAUGUUAUAUCUCGAAACACUAACGGAAGUUGUAGGUUAUUUAGCGCAGCUUGGUUGAUAGUAUAUCUGUUAGCUACGUGCGUUGUAUGGCUAAAAUAUAAUCAACGCAUUUAAAAACACAAACGAUUUAUAGAAACAUGAUAAAUGCGUUGUUGAUGUGCUUUCAACUGUAACGAUACAACACUGCGUCUUGAUAUGAAGAAUCAAUUUAGUUUGCGUUUAAAGCAAGAUCAGCUCUAAAUGGUGACAGUCAAGAAAGAUUUUCAUAGCGAGCUUAUAACUGUCCAAGACUUCAAAAUAAGAAAUUUUAACGGAUUUAUAAUAUUUUUUGGUAUGCAAAGAUAACUUUUGUAUUGAAAAUGGCCGAGAACCGGUCUUCUAAGACAUUUGAACAUGUAUUUCAAGGAAAGAUUGACCAUCCUUUAAUAUAUAAAAACAUAUAUGUCAAACAUAAUAAUUUGUAAUUUCAGUAAACUAAUCAAUUUCA